UUUGUCAAAAAUCACAAAAUUUUGACAUUGUUUGAAUAUUUUUAAACAUAUUUUCUAUAAAAGUAAAAUUCUUGUUUAUUUGUAAGAAUUUAACAAUGUAAGUAACAAAUUCACGUCAAUUGUGAAGUACUCCUACCUCGAGGUAUGUACACGCACCGCUUUCUCCCUAAACUACGUACGUUAGGGCCCUUUAAACCGCCAGCACCCGUUGGUACUGGAAGGGGACCAGAAACGCUAUAAAUCCAAGCACCCCAUGACCGCGAGCCCUAGUUGCAAAAAAGCGGCCGGCCUCUCUUGUCCCAAUGCAUGUACACACUAAACGAGUAAAGUGAAUCGACGGCAUGUCUCUGGUACGCCACAACAACUCCUACGAGAUGUCUUCGUAUGACGACAGCUCCGACUCGGGCUUCGAGAUGUCCUUCGUCUCCAAAUCGGAAACCAUCACGGAAUAUGAUCAUGGCAGUGACUUCAUCGACUUUGACAUGGACCAAUCACCUCAGGAUCGGUUACUAAACACUCCAAGGAAACAAUUACUCUAUGAGAGAUUCAGCAGUGCUUUUCACAAAGGUGCCAAUCCAGAGGAAUAUGCUUCGGACGUACAGGUAACACCUCCACAGAAUUGGGGGUAUGAAGAGUUUAAUAAACCAAAUAUACCACAGACAGAGGUAAAUCGUAAUUUGUUUCCUGGAGAGCCUACAGAAGAAGAUUUUCAAUGUUUAAAUGCAAAUAUGACAUCAACACCUCAAAAGUCUUCUUCUAGAACUGAAAAAACUGAUAAAACUGAACAAAAACCAAAGAGGCGCUAUGCAACUGGCAGAAACCGCGUAUCAAGAGCAAAAAGCCCUUCGCAAAUCAUGAAAAUAAAACGCACAAGACGUAUGAAAGCAAACGAUCGUGAACGUAACCGAAUGCACAUGCUAAACGAAGCUUUAGACAAACUCCGAAUGGUCCUACCGGCAUUCCCCGAAGACACAAAAUUAACCAAAAUAGAAACACUGCGAUUUGCACACAAUUACAUCAACGCCCUGGGAGAAGCAUCCAAAGACAUCGAUAAGUAUUCCAAUGGUGAUAAUCUAAUCAUACAAGUUGGUAAUGUCACCGUGGCCAUCAAUAAAGACGGCAACAAAAUCACUCAGGACCAAAAUCACUCGUCUCAUCAGUAUUUCAGCACGGCGGUUGUGACGAGCGGAAGCAUCACCAACGCGAGUUUCAUGCAGGAUUACAACGAGCCGAAUCAUUUAAAGUACAAUUCGUAUUCGUCCUCGUCGCCAAUGAUGGACGAUCUGUAUGAAUCUCCGGCGAAGGCAACAAAGUAUGACUAUCAGUGUGCUAAUCCUAACUAUGAGAAUUAUUACCAUCCUAGUCAUCAUAGUCAUCAUAGUCAGCAUCAUGGCGGCCAGGAUUACUACAACUAUGACAAGUUUCAACAUUAUAAUAACAAUGCGAUGUUUGAGUGCUUGUAAUAUGAGUAAGUGUGUUGUAAACGAUGAUAUUGUGCAAAAUGAUGGAUCGAUGCUAGUCAAUAUGCAAUGUGAAUGAAUCUACAUAACAAUAGGAGUAUAAAUUGAAUAUUUAGAAUUUGCAGAUGGAAAUUUAUUAAAAUUUAACGAAUUUAUAUGAAAAAUAUCAAAAGAAAACAAAAAAUACGAAGUUUUAAUGAAAAAAUCGGAAAUAGGUUAAAUUUUCAUCAAAAUGGCGGAUUUUUUGCAAGUUUUACAUGACAAUAUUGAUUUUAAUUGCUAUAUCUAAAAUGGGCAGACGUAAAUUUAACCAAAAUUUAACAUAUUUCCUUAAUUAACAUUCAAUUGAAGACCAAAAAUACAAAAUUUUUCUAUUUUUUGCUUUCGUUUGAUGAUAAAACUAAUAAAAUUGGAAAUAGGUUAAAUUUUCAUCAAAAUGGCGGAUUUUUGCAAGUUUUACAUGACAAUAGUGAUGUAAAUUGUUAUAUCUAAUAUUUGUAGAUGAAAAUUUACCAAAAUUUAACGUAUUUCCUUGAUAAACAUUCAUUAAAAGACAAAAACACUAAAUUUUACAAUUUUUGCUUUCUUUUGAUGAUAAAACUUAAAAAAUAAAAAUGGGUUAAAUUUUAAUCGAAAUGGCUGACAUUUCUGCAAAUUUUACAUAUACCAUCAUAUUAAAGAUGCCUUUUCAAACGCCUUGUAUACAAACAAAGAUAAAAAGAUGUAUUUUAUAAAUAAUUACAAAUU